AUGGCUACUGCUGCUGCUGCUGCUGCUGCUGCUGCUGCUGAUCCUGCUGCUGCAGCAGCUGCAGCAGCAGCAGCAGCAGCAGCAGCAGACCAACAGAAUGAAUCAGAUGACCCGUUUGAAAACGAACCGCCAUUGCUAACAGCAGCAGCAGCAGCAGCAGCAGCAGCAGCACUCUACAUACACCGCAAAGGAUAUAAGAAGUUGGAGAUAUACCCUGGAGACAUUUGGCGGCGGAUGAAGGCGGUCCUUCUCUUUAGCAAGGCAGACCACGAGUUGCUGUCUUGGUGCUGGUUGGGGGGUCGGGUUUACCUGCUGUUGGGGGGGAAGGCGGCGUUCGGGUGUCUGUACGGGAUGAGCAUUGUGGGCUCUCUGUCUCUCUAUCUGCUGCUUAACCUCAUGUCUAGAGUAAGGGUUUAG